AUUUUGUCGAUUUGCUAGUCUAGUCUUGUCUUCUCUGCUCCUCAUUUGGGCGCUCGGACCAGGGUGUCGAAUUUCUAGGGCUGGCCAACCCUAGUGGGAGGCUCCACAGGACCCAAAGGCGGGCGGACGCUUCCCUCUCUUGUGCGGAAAAGUUGACAAGUGCAAACCACCUGCAAACCCACCAAAAAUCGCCCUCCUCGAACCCCUUCCGUCGUCAUUAACCACAGCAGCAAAGAUGGCCCGCUACGGAGCUAACGAGAUCGAGUCGGCAAAGUCGGCCCGCGCCCGCGGGUCGUACCUGCGCGUGUCCUUCAAGAACACGCGCGAGACGGCCCAGGCCAUCAACGGCUGGAAGCUGCACCGCGCCGUCAAGUUCCUCGAGAACGUGCAGGAGAAGAAGGAGGCCGUGCCCAUGCGCCGCUACGCCGGCAGCACCGGCCGCUGCGCCCAGGGCAAGCAGUUCGGCGUCUCCAAGGCCCGCUGGCCCACCAAGUCGGCCGAGUUCCUACUCGGCCUCCUCAAGAACGCCGAGUCCAACGCCGACUCCAAGGGCCUCGACACCGGCAACCUCGUCGUCAAGCACAUCCAGGUCAACCAGGCUCCCAAGCAGCGCAGGCGGACGUACCGCGCCCACGGUCGCAUCAACCCCUACAUGUCGUCGCCCUGCCACAUUGAGCUCAUCCUGACCGAGGCCGAGGAGGCUGUCGAGAAGUCUGACGCCGUCACCAGCAACCAGCACCUCAGCUCGAGGCAGCGUGGUGCCCGCAUCCGCCAGGCCAUCACCGCCGCCUAAAGGCAGCAAAGCAGCGUCUCCUUUUUUGUUGACGGUUUUUUUUCCUUUGAUAGCAUACUGAACGAAGGGGCCGAGGAUGUAGGGCGCAACCAAAGACGGGACGGGACUGUGUUUUGGCAUGGUUGGUUGGGCCGCCGGCUGGCUGGUAGAGCACGAAAAUAGCCUACCACCUGGGCCGACGCCCGCCCGCCAUUCUCGCUCUUUUAUGGGGUGAAGGGAAAGGGAAAUGCGGCGUGGCGCGGUUUACUCAUGGGAUUGCUUCACCUACCUAUUUCGCGUUUCUUUCUCCAUUUUAAACGGUCCACCGGUGUUGUAUCUUGAGCAUGGCAUUCGGGAACAAAAAAAAGAAUCUUUCAAUCCCUCCCAGAGCUUGUUUGGUCAAGCAGCCUCGCCUUGUCAGGAUGGAGA